CUGAACAUAGUCUAGGUAAGGUAGAUUAUAUCAAAGCUAAAGGCUAGAGAAGAUUCAAAUCCUCUGACACUAUGGACAACUCAUCAUGGGAGAAUGUAUUUAUCGAAGACGUGAAAGGUAAAUCGAGUAAGCGGAGUAACUCACAAGGCAACUUGCAAGACGAAAUUAAAGAGUUGCUUAUUGCCAGGCUCAUACAAUGGAAAGACGUAGAAGUAAAGUUCGGCGUAACAGGUGAUUCUGGAGCUGGAAAGUCGAGCUUUAUAAACGCCAUAAGAGGGUGA